AUGGAUUAUAAAGAGUGCAUUCUCCAGAUCGGUGCUCAUCAGUUUGUAGUUCGCAUGGAAUCUGUUCUCAAAACUUUCGGGUCAAAGAUCGAAAUGUUCCUUGAUACAACAUCCCAGACAGAUGCAUACACGAAAUACGUUAUUAGGCGGCCCAAAGACUCUACCAUGGCUCUGGUAGAAUACUGCUAUACCGGACAGCUGCAUAUUCCUCAGAGUGUCUGCAAGGGCGAGUUUUUAACAGAGCUGCAGUUCUGGGGACUAAAUCAUAGCCUGCUGGAAAAAUGCUGCUAUCACAAGCUCUGUGCUUUCGUGAACGAUCAGAAAAUGCUCGAAGGGUUCGAAAAUAUGCACAAGAAACCAGAAAACAGUAGUGCUGGACGAAACGUGAACGCAAAGGAACGAAUAUGGGGUAUUGUCAACUGUGAUCGAAAGUCAACGUGUUCAAAGGUGUAUUUCUAUGUGUCGACAACCUUUGUACUGCUGAUGAUUGCCAAUCUUGCUCUGACUAGCAUGAACGAUGAACAGGACACCGUCCAGAAGGACAUGUCUGCAUUGGCAAUGGACAUGACUCAGACACCAGUCUCUGAUCUGAGAGUCAAUCCAACAACGGAUACAGAUCCUUCAAUUUACUUUCACGUGGAAGCCCGGGGCUAUCGCCGACUGCAAAAAGAACCGAGUACAAAGUAG